AUGAAAGCUGGGGCCCGUCAGCUGAACCCUGCGCUGCUUGUUGUUUUUGUUUUAGAAUUGUGUUUUUACAGUGCGUCUAACUCAAGUGAGCUGCAGGUAUGUGAUCUGUGUUACGGGACGGUGCGGGCUGAAGGCGCAGUGGGGCAGUUUUGCUCUAAAUCCGCAGGUCGGAUCGAGGGGCGCUGCUGUCUCCAAAAUGACACCGCAUUCGACCACAAUUUGAUUAUUGGAUUGGACCUCUCCAACUGUUCUCUGGCUCAAGUUGGAAAUAUCCAAGACGCGUCUGCUGCAAGAAUCAUAGACCUCUCACUCAACCCAAAGGCCAACAUCAGUGAUACCACCUUUCAGGGAUUUAUUGAGUUGGAUCGACUGAUCUUACCAAUACAUUUGCUUUGUCCUGGGGGUGCCACGUCUUGGAAAAAAAUUGAGAAAAAUGGAGAUCAGCGUUUAUGUGAAGGCCAGAACAGCAUGUGCAAUCAGACUGUUCAAAUGUCCACAGUCUGUCCAGAAAACUCCCAGUGUGCUCCUUUUGGCCCUGGUUUGUCUCAAUGCAGUUGUGCUGCCGAUUACCAUGGCUACAAGUGUUUAAGAGAGGGGAAGUUCCCUGUCGUUCAGGUGUUGGGCCCUCUGGGAGCUUCGACUGUGGUCUUCUCUUUGUUGAUGUGGGUUACACAGAGACGCAAGGCCAAGCCACUCUGA